GCGUGUGUCGUCACUUCCUGUUACUUUUCCUUUGCUAUGUGGAGCUGAAAGAUCAUUGUUUACUAAAUCCAUUGAUAAAUCUUUUUAAGUUCUGUUACAUAAAAUAUGGGGAGUACAAUAUCGAACAGAAGAAAUACAGGUGUGGAGAACGUGGAUAUAUCGGCUGUAAAUGCCUAUCGUUAUCCACCCAAAACAGGCAGUUAUUUUGGUACUCAUUUCAUUAUGGGAGGAGAAAGAUUUGAAUCUCCUCAACCAGGAGAAUACCUGUUUGGUGAAAACGAAGAUCUCAACUUCCUGGGAAACAAGCCAGUUCCUUUUCCAUAUCCUGUACCCACAGGAAAUGAACCAACCAAAACCCUGAAGAGUCUUGUUUAUAUUCGAAAAGAUACACUGCGAUUGGUGAAGGCUAUAGCUACUGAAAAGGUGCCACUUGAUCAUGAAGAAUCAAACACGUUGUAUAAUAUUGAAUUUGUUUUCGACUCGGAUGUGAGGUGCACCAUCAGGAUCCAUUACUUUGCAAUUGAAGAGGUCAUAGGUGGACAGAUUGUUUAUCAUCCAAAAAGUGCUGCCAUGAGUUCUGAAGGCUUUCAUUACAAGCGAGGUGCUGCACAGCUAUUUAGCCAGCCAACACAUACAAUUAACCCAAGCAAAUUCUCUGAUGAAGAGUGGCAGUACAGUUUUGAGAAGGAAAUUUUUCCUAUCGUCAUUCACUGCCUAGUUGAAGAAGAAGAACAUGCUGGCCACUCACACAUCAUGUAUGCAGUCAUUGAAAAAAGUCCAGAGGGUAGUUACCUGAUAAAACCACUCAAGCAGAAGCAGUUUGUGGAUGGCCUAUGCUAUCUGCUGCAAGAGAUCUAUGGCAUUGAGAACAAAAAUAUGGAACGAAUGAAGCACAUUGAUCCUGAUGAAGAUGUUGAAGACAGUGGAGCAGAAUGUGUCAUCUGUAUGUCAGACAUGCGGGACACUCUCAUCUUGCCAUGUCGACACCUGUGUCUUUGCAGCAUGUGUGCAGAAUCCCUUCGAUACCAGGCCAGCAUGUGUCCCAUCUGCCGCGUCAAAUUCCGAGCCUUGCUUCAGAUUCGUGCCAUGAGGAAGAAAAUACCAGUGACGGGUCAACAGCAGAAUGAGACAGAUGAAAAUCCUGUCAGUCAGGAAGGUGUACCCCCAGGGUUUGAAGCCAUCUCUUUGGUGGAGGCUCUCAAUGGACAGGUGGUGCCACAGAAUGGGCAGAUGGAAGGUGUCACUCACCCUAUUGGGGUACCUACCCCAUUGUUCACAAUGGACAAAAAGGGUCACAAAGAAACAAAGAUCUCUCUGUCAACAUCCAUUGAGUAUCAAAAAGAAAUGGACCCAGCAGCAGUUAUUGAGAAAAAGAACAAUGAAAAAGAUGAGGGAAAAGAGGAACAGGGUGAUGAUGUAGCCAUCACCACUCCUUUGUCUGAUGUUGACCUGACCCAGAUAGUCCCAGAUGUGGUGGACAGGAGACGAUCACCUGAGAAGAGAGUGUUAGAAGAAGACUGUGCAGUAGUUGGGCAAGAUUUGCCACCAGACAUACAGGUGACCCAUUGCAGAGCAAACAACAAGAAAUCUGUGGAAGAAUUGCCUUCUCCAGGCUGGAAGGCAGGUUGCCAAGGCUGUAAAGGGGAAAUAAGUUGCCAGCUUACAGCUGGGGAUAUGGCAGAUGAUGAAAGGGAAGAUAGCUCUGAGACUGAGCCUGAACCAGAUUAUGAUGAAGAUGAAGCAGAGGAUGAGAGCUACACUUUGUCAGAUCCUAGAGGAAUGAUGUCCUCAGAACUUUCCGUUGUGUCUGGAACUUUGUCAGAGCAGACAAACCCUGAAGAGAUGGAAGUUCUUCAAUCUUCAGAACACCUCAUUUUAUCUGACACCCCAGGAUCAGGGACUGAGAGCUCCAGUUUUGGCAGCAACUGUAGCUCACAUGCUUUGCUGACUCAAGGAGAGGGAGAGGAUCAGAGGAAGAUGGCUGUGUGAAUCAUUUGUCUGGAUGCUUCUGUGGAAAUGAUAAGAAAAGGCAUGAAGGUGUAGCAGCAAGGCUAGAAAAUGAUUCGGCAUUAAAAGAAACUGGUAUGUGUUUGUGUUUAUUAAACUCUAAAUGAGCAAGAAGAGCAAUGAAGGAAAUUAUAGAUGUUUACAGGUUGUUUUUUUUUUUUCUUGUAUUGCAUUCUUUGUUCUCUUUUGGUACAGUUAGUGGAGAAGUAAGAAUGUUAAUUUUUUUAAUUACUUUUAACUGAAGGUUGUGUUAAUAAUAA